AUGGAGCAAUCCGCGCGCGACGGUAUUUGCAAGACCGACGGAAAGCCGUCAAACUCUCAUCUUCCAGCUCAAGAUGUCCAAGAGGGCAGCAUGACAGAUCUGAAGGGCACAAGUCUGGACGAUGCCAUCCUGCGAGCUCAGGGUCAUGAAACGGUUAUGAGACGGAACUUUAACCUCCUUUCCUCAUUGGGCCUUGGUUUCGGUAUCACCAAUUCCUGGGUUGGUGCACUCAGCAACUUUGGCCAGAACCUAAAGUAUGGCGGGCCUCAGCUUGCGCUCUUUAGUGUCAUCAUUGCCUGCUUUGUCCAGUGGAUCAUUACGCUUGGAUUAUCCGAGCUGGCAUCAGCCUUUCCAUCCUCCGGUGGCCAAUAUCACUUUGUUUAUCUCGUCGCCCCACGCAAAACUCGUCGAUUCGGUGCCUUUGCGACCGGCUGGAUGUCCAUCCUGGGAUGGUGGAUCGGAACCUGUUCCGGACUGUCUCUGGUUGCCAACUCAACCCUCGGCCUAGUCAGCUUUGUGAACCCGAGCUACACGGCUGAGCAAUGGCACGUCUAUUUGGUGUACCUUGCCGUGUUGCUCAUCACUGUUGUUCCACUCUUUGUCUUUCCUCGAUCGUUGCCGAUUAUCACCACCUCGGCACUCUACCUGACCAUCACGGGCUUUGUCGCAUGGCUCAUCACGAUUCUCGUCAUGAAAGACCAUGUGAACAGUGGCGACUACCUCACCCGCGCCACCCCUGGCACCAGUGGAUGGUCACCUGGGCCAGCCUGGAUCCUCGGCAUCAUCAACUCAAUGUACUGUUUCACUGGAACCGACGGGGCCAUCCACAUUGCUGAAGAGAUGAAAAGCCCGGGAGUGAGACUCCCACAAAUUAUGAGCCUGACCAUGGCGAUUGGCCUGGCUACGGCCUUCCCCAUCAUUCUCGUCUUUAUGCUUGUCAUGAAAGACAUGGAUCUGACCAUGAACGCGGGUAUGCCGGCGGUGCAGCUACUGUACCAGGCAACUGGCAGCCGAUCGGCUACCGUUGGGCUCACCAUCUAUCUCAUCAUUAUUUACGCAUCAAACCUCCCUCCCCAGUGGAUCGCCUGCGGCCGUCUAGCUUGGGCCUUUGCCCGAGACAAGGGAACGCCAUACCCUAAUUACUUUGCUCAAGUCCACCCAACGCUUGGAUUCCCUGUUCGGACAACCGUGGCUGCUCUCUGUUUUGGAACUAUCUACGGACUACUGUACCUGGCCAGCACUACUGCCUUCAACUCGAUCAUCACCACUGCCGUGCUGCUGCUCAACCUCAGUUACGCAAUCCCACAAGCAGUAGUGGCCAUGCAGGGACGAUCCAAGGUUUUGCCCAAGAGACCCCUGAAUCUUGGCCGCUACGGAUACAUUUGUAAUGUUUUUUCACCAUUGUGGAUCACUGUCAUGGGCAUCUUUGUGUGCUUUCCUCCAGGUCUUCCCGUGGCUGUCGCGUCGAUGAACUACACCGCGCCCAUCCUGGUUGGCCUCUUCUUGUGCAUUGUCGGCUGCUGGUACUGGAUUGGCGACAAGUUUGAGGGGCCUGUGAUCGAUUGGGAGAUGCUUAACAUGAGCAACGAGCUCGAAACCACGCAUAAGUUGUAA